UCUGUACAACGAUGGUAAAUUUUGUCAUACUGUCUUUCUACAUUUAAAAGGUGUAUUCAUACAUGAGUUCAAAAUGUCUACUCCAAUCACAGAAGCUAGUAACAGAAUUACAGAAGAAAUAGACAUCUCCUCGCCACUAGAAAUUGUAUCUUUGUUGGAGAAAUGUGAUCAAGAAAUCUUUAAUGGCUAUGAGGACUACAAGUCUAUGUUCAGUGAAGAAAUCAUCAAAAGGAUUGACGAUGUUUCCGGUCACGUCAUUGAGAUGUUGCAGGAAGACGGAGGAGGUAUAGUGGUGUUCAGCGGAUGUGGAACGUCAGGUCGGCUCGGCUUCAUGGUUGCUAGGACGUUCAAUGAACUGCAGCGUAGACAGAAACGUCCGGAAAUAUUCCGGUAUCUGAUUGCUGGUGGCGACAAAGCUUUAUUCACGUCACAAGAAGCUCCAGAAGACGACCCUCAAGCCGGUAUUGAGGCACUGAAAAAGGUAUCUGAGGGCAAGACACGAGUUUUGUAUAUAGGUAUAACGUGUGGCUUAUCAGCACCUUAUGUUGCCGGACAGCUGGAGUAUUGCAUGGACAACCCCAAGUUUGUUCCCGUCCUCCUAGGCUUUAAUCCAGAAAAUUUAGCUAGAAAUACAGCCAUAGAAAACUGGGAUAAAACAUUUUUACAGGUUAUUAAUCGGUUGAAAAUUUUUCCAAGCAAGAGCCGCUCGGGGUAUAUCAUUAACCCAGUUGUUGGGCCAGACCCUAUAACAGGAUCGAGCAGGAUGAAAUGUGGAACAGCCACGAAAAUACUAUUAGAAACAAUAUGUUUGACAGGGCUUUGUGACAUGUAUUACCCUGAAGAGAAUCUCCAACCUUCAGAUCUGAUGCGAUGUUACAACAUUGUUAACAAAGCCGUGUAUAAGGUCAAACAAGAUCUCAGUCGUAUCGUGGAAUCUGCUGGACAGAGUCUUCGUGCAGGAGGCAAAAUUUACUACAUGGGUAGUGACAGUCUUGCUUUAAUGGGACUAAUUGAUGCCUCUGAAUGUCCCCCAACAUAUGGCGCAACUUUGGACGAUAUUCGUGGUUUUGUUGAUAACGGCUAUAAAACUUUGCAAAACAUAGAAGGAGACCUGUCAAAAUUGGGGAAACAUUUUAGAAUCUCGAACGACAAUUUCUGCACUGACAUCUCCUUAAUGGACCGUGAUAUUCUGAUAGUUAUUAACUCAGAAGUACCAAGUGUAAUAUCAGCAGAAUGUACCAAAAAAGGAUGUCGGAAGAUACUGCUAACAUUUGGGAAGGCGAAAUCAAAGGGGUUUCUCCACUCUCUUCAUAUUGAUGUUCCUACGGUUGAGCUAGACGAAUUGAUUGGUUCUGACACAAGAACGACAGCCAAUCAAAUGUUCCGAGAGAUUGCUGUGAAAUGUUGUUUAAAUGCCAUCAGCACAGGAGCGCAUAUAAUGAAAGGAAAAAUCUACAAGAACUUUAUGAUUGAUGUUAAAGUAAGCAAUAACAAGCUUUUUCAUCGAGCUGUCGGAAUUCUGGAAAGACUUGGCCAUUUGUCAAAAGUGAAGGCCACCGAAUAUUUGUUAAGAUCUAUUUACGACACGGAUGAAGUGUCAGAAAACAUAACUUCCAGACCAAUAACCCAACAUAUUAUCACUGCGACUGAUAAAGAAAAGGUUGUUCCUGUUGCUCUUGUUGCCGCGGUAACAGACACGACUAUCAGUGACGCUAAGUUAGCAUUGUCAAAACAAUCGGUUAUCAGAACAGCAAUUGCACAUGCUUUGAAAGACGUCAGCCAGGAUUUAGCCUGAAAGAAUUUCCGUACCCUGAAACCAUUCCAUUAAACAGGAAAUAUUAUUUGAAUUUAGAUUGCCAUGAGUUGUAAAGCAUUGAAAAGGCCAUGACAAGGGAAGAAGUGACUUUACCUUAAAAUAUAUACAUAUACACUGGUACAGAUACUGAGAUAUUGAUUAAAUAAAGCAUGUUUAUCAAAAUUAUCAUUUUUACCACAUUCUUAGCAACUAUUCUACUUUAUUUUUAUAUGGACAAUAGUUUUAUUAUAUGACCCGCCCUAUUGAAAGGAAAAUAAGGCUUUGUGGCUCUAUCAUUGAACCUUCUUUUAUUGAUCUUUGAAUAAAGAGCAAAGUGGCAUUCUUAAGAUAGUCUCUCUAAAAAAGAGAAAUAAACCAUAUAUAACGGA